UACAAUAAAAACAACAACACCAACAGAAGGAAAAUGUUGCACUGCAAAUUCGAACGAAAUGGAUUUUCAGUUUGUCUCGCUUUAUUUUGCGACGUCAAGAAUGCAAAAGAUAUCAAACAGCAUGUCAUGAAUGGCGAGCUAGAAAUGACGCUGCUUAAUACAAAAAUGGUAACAGAUCCAUUUCAAGUCCUGGUGGCUGCAAACCGUGCAGUUUGCAAUCAGAGGCAGGCAAGAAUGACUACGAAGAACGUCCAUUCAGAAGUUCUCUUUUGCUUGUCUCCCCUUAAAAAUAUUUCAGACUCCUUCCGCAAGUUUGGUAUGUCCGACUCAGCAGACAGCGUGUUUGUUGUGAUCGUUAACGAUACUGAAGACAAGACCCUCCACAGGCUGAUAGAGAUCAUCGAUGGGCAGCAGGUGGCUGUGAGCGAUGUAAAACACUUCUGCGAUGAAACACUUGUGAAAAAGAUGUUCAAAGUGACUGAUGAAGAACUAAGUGUAUGCUCUCUGACAGAUGCUCUUGUGUCAAAGAUUGCCAGCAAAGAAUUUGUGACAGUCUGAGCAGGUGUAGGAAUGUAGUCGUCUUAUAGUCACUAGGAGCCAUCUUGAAAAAACAGGACUUGUUAUCACUGGGAACCAGCUUGAAAAAAAACAGGAUUUGUUAUCACACGGAACCAGCUUGAAAAAAACAGGAUUUGUUAUCACAGGGAACCAGCUUGAAAAAACAGGACUUUUAAACACAGGGAACCAACUUGAAAAAAACAGGCUUUGAAUAAAUUCUAGGAUGUUUGUGGAACAAGCUGUCUGUAAACAUUAAUUUGAGCCUUGUGUUGGUUAAACAGGGUUUUAUGCAUGUGAAUAUUGUCGUCCCAGAUGAGCCUGUGUAAUCAACACAGGCUAAUCAAGGAUGAUACUCAGCUUUUAUGGAUUUGUUUGUUUGAAGGUCUUUUCUUAGCGAAAAUCAAGUUUACAUGGAAAGUGUUGUCCCUGAUAACCUUCAUGCAGUAAACCCCAUUUUCUCAGUGUGAGAAUAACUGUUGAA